UAUGAUCAGUCCUGGCAUGAGUUCGUGUGAACAUUCGCUAAACACGUUACGUUACGCAGACAGAGUGAAGGAAUUAGCUGUCACAGAUCCGACGGAAGUUAAAGUUUCUCCGACCGACGAAGAGCAGCUCGAUCUUAAAAUAGAAGAACAGAGUAACAAUAGUGUGCUCUCUGAUAGUGAUUUGGCACAAUUAAGAUCUCUCAAUGAAGGUGAAAUCUCGCAAGAUUUGUACACUUUCCACGAGGCCGUGUCGGCAUUGCAGUUGCUCGAAGAAGAGGUACUGGACACGCACAAAACGGUUGUCGAUAGCACCACCACAUUCUUAAAUGACGCGCAUUCCAUCUUCUCCGCGACACAUGAGGUCGAUUACGAUCAGGAAGAUUCUCGCGCACGUUCGAUCCACACUCUCAGACGGAGUCUCAGCUUCCACAUCACCGAGGCUGAUGCCAGUCCAACAACACUUUUAAAAACAAAAGCAGAGGCAAACAAUCGAGACUUGUUGGAAGCGAAAAUUUCAAAUCGAGGCGAUGGGAUGCCAAUAGUAAUAAAGUCACCCUGGAAGAAUGAGGCCGACUCGGAUUGUGAGAGCGAUUCGGGUUUCGACUGGUGCUCGAAUUCGGGCUGUUCUGUUGACUCGGAAAAUUUUCUUGUUGAAAAGAAGCCGAAAAGCAGAUCGAAAUAUAGCUGGACUGGCACUUUCAGGAAAAAAAAGAGAACGAGUAGUGUCACUGGUUCUAGUAAGAGAAAUAGUCUCGCGAAUGAAACUGCCUUUUUCGUACCAUUCUCGUCUGCUGCUCCAGCUGCUACCAACGCCAUCCUGUCGGAUUCAAAUUGUCGAAAUGAGGAACUGGGAAUUCAGAAUGCUCAUGAAGAGAGCAACAAAGUUCUGGGACCAACAAAAGCGGAUUUGGAAGAGAGAAAGAAUCGCAGGAAAAUGAAAAAUUCCGGUUCAACUGAUUGCAGAGGAGGUGGUUUUCUUCUCGCCGCCUCGUCGCCCUCAACUUGUGGAUCGAACUUGACGCUGAGAUUUGAGAGCAUUUCUCCGCCCGAGAGAUUCGCUGCCGUCGCGGAAAAUCUGGGAAAUACGAGAGAAAUUAUAGAGAAAAACGAUUUCACUGAAGAAGAUCAAGGAGACGACAAAGAAGAGAAGGCCAAAAAUUUGCAAGGACAAAAUAAGAGAGAGAGAAGUCGAGUUUCUGAUUUUGCGAUCGCCGUCGUCAAAAAUGUGAUUAUCUUCUCAGUUCUGCCGGCAUUUUACGUCUUGCUCUUUGUUUAUGCUCACAAGUCACCGGACAAAACGAUUUAAGGCUUUAGAGUUUAGAUUUAGGAUCGAGAAAGUUUUAUACGAAUUUUAAUGGCUGUUGCGGACACAUCGUUUAUUUUGUUUCUUCCGUUUUUUAAUCAACCAAACGAGAACUUGCUGAGAAAUCUGGAGAUUUCUCAGAUUUAUUUGAAAUUUUUAGAAUUGGGGCUCACUUUGAAUUUGAAAAUAAUUGUAUUUUCCCGUUUUUUUCAUAUAGAGAGUAUACGUUUAUUCUUUCGUGUUGUCCCAUAUAAAUUUUUGUACAUUGCAUUUUGCGCAGAAGAUCAAUUAUCGAGAAAAAAGGCAUCUGGAAUGCCGCUAAAAAAAUUUCUGAACUCAAAUUAUUAUAUAGAUAUUUUUAUAUGAAAAAAAAUUUUUAGCAUGUGAUUAUAGAAUAAGAGGGAGACUGAUCUCGUAUAAUAUAACAAUUUUUAUUAUAAUGUUAUUGCUGGAAUAAUACAUUCCGUUGAAAUUUGUAAGUCUGA